AUGGCGACAAUUGAAGAUAUAAAGGAAACGGCGUUAAUCCCCUUCCAAAAGCAUAGGCAGCUUUCUAUGCAUGAAGCAGAAGUUAUAACAUUAGAGAUCAUAGGUCUAUUUUGUGAUUCAGAAUGUAAGGAUGAAAAAACAUUGAAGUAUUUAGGCCGAUUUCUCACACCGGAUAUGUAUCAGGACCUAGUAGAUGAGAGAAACUUGAACAAAAGAUGCGGAUAUCCCCUUUGUGUAAAAUCACCGGAAAGGAUACGUGAUCCUUUUUCAAUGAAUGACACUACUAAAAAGUUUCUAUUAGAAAAUAAUCCAUAUGCAUAUUUAUCACACUAUUGCAGUAAGUUUCACUUUAGAUGCUCUCAAUUUUAUCAAGUACAACUAUCGGACGAAGCUUUAUUUGCAAGAACAGGGGUUCAUUUGUUUGAAGAUCCUGAACAGGACAAGCAUGAUAUAGAUUUCAAAAUAACCUUGUUUGAGGAGUUGUUAAGGGAAAAGGCAUCGGAGGAAGAUAUCAAAUCAUUGAUUUCCGGUCUCAAGAAAUUAGGGUUGGAUCCUGAUAAUGAGAGUACAGAUAAAAAUGAUACUGAGUUGGAAGACGAUCUAUCGAAGUGGUUAGCGCAGAUCAAAAUUGUUGAGAAUAAUAAUCCAAGCAUCUUGGGUGAUUUUACGAAAGAAGAUUGA